AUGCAAUCCGACAAUCCAGGAAUGACCCAUCUUUGGGAUGUGUUUGGCACAGAUCUACGUCCUUUGGACAUUCUGUCGGAAGUGGUCCCUUCUAAUGGAAGAACAACUGGAAUAAGGAUCAUCCAGACCCAGGGAGCCCGCGGAUUCCAGUUCUCGGCGUCCACUCCCCAUACCCUCAGCUUUCCCGCCUCACGGAUUUUCCUCCACUGUGACCUCUUCCCCGAGGAAUUUUCCAUCGUUGUCACCUUGAAAGUUAUGAAGCUUCCGCCCAAGAAAAAUGAAUACAUCUUUACUGUGAUGGAAGAGCAGAGCAACACUCUGAUUCUAGGACUCCGGUACUCUCGAAAUAAAUUCCACUUUCUUUUCUGGAGCAAAGAAAGUUCCGGUGGUUGGCAGACUCGGGUCACUUUCCGUGACAUUACCUUGAUGGACAACCAGUGGCACACGCUGAUUUUGGCCGUGUCCGAAGGGUCCUUUUCUCUCACUGUGGACUGCGACUUACCCACGGACAUGAUUGUUGAUACACCCUUUCCAAUGACACUAAGUAUGAAAGGAUCCAGGUUUUUCAUUGGAAGCAGGAGACGAAAGAAAGGCUCCUUUACUGGUUUGUUAAGACAACUGGUUCUGUUACCAGGCUCCGAUGCUACCUCGAUAAUGUGUCCUAGCAUGAACCCCAAGCUGGCUGUGCUCUCCAUCCCUGCAAUUCUACAAGAUCUCCCAAGGAAACAGGAGGACAAUGAGGUGCUAAAAUAUCCUUAUGAAGCUGAUAUGAAAGUAACCCUUGGAUCCCGCCCUCACUGCACCAAAAUGGAAAGUGCCCAAUUUUGGUUUGAUGUUUCUAAAAAGGGGCUGUAUUUAUGUGAUGGAAAUGAGUGGAUUCCCAUGAUAGAAGCCAAAGAGAAGUUGGACUAUGUGGAAGAAUAUCAGAACCUGGUCACUAACUCUGAGACCAUGGGCAUUGAGGUCUUCAUCAUCCCCAAGGUGGGGCUUUUUGCUGCAGCAGCCAAUCGACUCACUAGUUCAGCCAUCUAUAAAUGGACUGAUGGAAAGUUUAUUUCUUAUCAAAACAUCCCCACCCACCAAGCCCAGUCUUGGAGAUACUUCACUAUAGGAAAAAAGAUCUUCCUGGCAGUGGCUAAUUUGGAGCAGAAUGGAAAAGGUCAGGAGUUCUCGGUAAUUUACAAGUGGAGCCACAGAAAGUUGAAAUUCAUCACCUACCAGAGGAUCAGUACCCACAGCGCUAGGGAUUGGGAGGCAUUUGAAAUUGAGGGAGAGUUCUUUCUGGCAGUCGCAAAUCACCGAGAAGGAGAUAACCAUAAUAUCAACAGUGUCAUCUACAAGUGGAACCCAAGAACCGGGCUCUUUGAAGCUAAUCAAACCAUUGCUACCUCAGGAGCUUAUGACUGGGAAUUUUUUACUGUCGGACCGUACUCGUUUCUGGUUGUUGCUAAUACAUUUAAUGGCACCUCCACUAAGGUCUACUCUCACAUGUACGUCUGGCUCAUCGGAUCCUUUCAGCUUUUCCAGUCAUUUCUGACUUUUGGUGCUGCAGACUGGGAAGUCUUCUACAUUGGAGACAGGAUCUUUCUGGCUGUGGCCAACAGCCACAGUUAUGACAGUGAAACUCUAAUACAAAAUAACUCCUAUGCCAUCAACUCAGUCAUCUAUGAGCUUAACAUCACCGCUCAGAUGUUUGUCAAAUUUCAGGACAUUCCCACCUACAGUGCUCUGGACUGGGAGUUUUUCUCAUUUGGAGAAGAUUAUUUUCUGGUGGUGGCCAACUCCUUUGAUGGUGAUUCCUUCUUUGUGAACAGUAUUAUAUACAGGUGGCAAGGCUACGAAGGCUUCGUAGCAGUUCACAGCCUUCCAACGUUUGGAUGUAGGGACUGGGAGGCUUUCAACACAACCACGGGCUCUUACCUCAUGUACUCCAGUGCCAAGGAACCGCUCUCCAAGGUUUUGAGACUGAAAACUGUCUGACGGCGGGGCGGGGGCGAUGGGGUGACAUUUGCCACCCACACACUGAAUCGGAUGGACUCAACACAAUCCCUUCAGGGUCAAGCUUGUCUGGUUACUCUGGCCAUACGUUUCACCACUGGAACUAUCUAGAGCACCAGGGGACGCUCAAGAAGGGCAACCGGUUUGCUGGAAGGUGAAUUCCGGGUGGAAACAAGUCGGCCGGCUAACCACUUGAAAUGGGAUAACACUGAUGAUCUGAGAGGAUCUGGGUCCUGCCCCUUCUACGUAUUUCCUAGGAAAUAGCUAUGGUGAGGUUUUAAAAUGCUCUUUCCUCUUCCAAAAAUAUUGGGCCGAGGCAUCACAGUGCUGUUAUCGCGUCAGUUUGGGCCCUUUGCUAGAAAUCACAGCAAUUCUCAAAAAACGUUAAGCCUAAGAAGAAGAUACUUGGAGCUCGUAUACUACCUGGCUUAAAAUGACUCAGACUAAGUUGAAUAACUUAACCAGUUAGAUUUCUGGCUACUUUAUUUUCUUGAUGGCAAGGGAGAUUCACAAGGUCUCACAUUCAUGUACAUUUGAAUUGGCCUUGGGUGAUUUUCAAUCCAUAUUGGUCUAAUUUCAUGUUUACAUAAAUCACCUCUUCUUCCCACCCCUUGUCAUGCCCCUCCCCUCUACCCCCCACGAAAAAAAGCACCCUACAGUUCCUCAUAUCACUGGACCAAGAAACCAAAAUGAUUGACUAUAGCCUAUAAACUCUAAAGUACUUCUACACCAUAAAUUCUCAUAAAAGCCAUAUAAAGAGGAAAGUUGGAGGGUUUAUCAAAUUU